ACCACCACUACCAUCUCCACCAUCUCCACCACCUUCUCCACCACCAUCUCCACCACCACCAUCUCCAUCACCACUUCCACGACCACCACCUCCACCACCACCGCCCUCUGGCAAUGGAGGUGGGCAACUUCUAUGACCUGCACGAGAGGCAACAGACCGCCAAGCUGCAGGCCGGACUUUUCGAGGGUUCGACUCCAGACCUGGGUGAAAUGUAUGAGCACGAGAGCUCUAUCGAUUUGAGUCGCUACAUCAACAACAACAACAACGGCUCCGCCACUAGCAGCAGCAGCAGCGGCAGCAGCAGCAACAACACGAGCAGCAGCGCAGAGGGAGUGAGCGCCGUCACCACGGAACAACAGCUGACAGAGCGGGAACUCUUUAACGAUUUAUUUUACAAGGAAGGGAGAAACGCGGACCAGUACGGGACCGCCCAUCACAUCGGCGUUGGGCAGAGAUACUCGGACAAGCAACAGCCUCUCCAGGGACAUCACCACCACGGUCACCACCAUCAUCAGCUGCAGCACAAUCAUCAUCAGCAGCAGCAGCAUCAAUUCCCGCCGCCGCCACGAUUUUCAGCACUCAAGCCUGAACCUCCCGAGUUGGAUGAAACUGGAGUCCAAACCCCGACAACCCAGGUUGCCGGUGUUCCGUACAACCAGAUACAGCCGCUGUACUUCCAUCACCAUCAGCAGCAGCAUCUUCACCAGCAGCACCAUCAGCAGAGCGACUACAACGACGCAGCUCAGCACCUGCAAGCGCACGCUUUGGAAUACGUGCACCCCCAACAUCACCACCACCACCACCAGCAGCAGCAGCAGCAUCAUCAUCAGCAGCAGCAGCAGCAGACAGCGACUGCGAGUGGACUCGGUCCGAAUCACGGCAAGAGCUGUCACCAGUAUCAGCAUCAGCAUCAUCAUCAGCAGCAGCAGCAGCCGGCAGCGGCGGUGGCGGCGCGGGCCAAGAGCGGCAAGAAGGCGGUGGACAAGGCGAGCGUCGAGUAUCGCCUGCGACGGGAGCGCAACAACAUCGCUGUGCGCAAGUCGCGCGACAAGGCGAAGCGUCGAUCAGCCGAGGCGCAGCGCCGCGUGCAGGAGCUGUCGGCCGAGAACGAGCGGCUGACACUGCGCGUGGAGCAGCUGAGUCGCGAGCUGCUGGCGCUCCGCGGGAUCUUCAAGCACUCCUCGGAGGCAGCAGCCGGAGGCGGUGGCACCCCCGGGCCGGUCGGAGCUGUCAGCGCGAUCGCAGGCGGCGGCGGUGUCUUGCAGCAGCAGCAGCACUAGGGGCAGUGAGCGGGCGGUUGCUGGACGUCGUGGUUGGAGCGAGAGAGUGAGAGAGAGAGAUGGGGAUGGGAGAUCGAUGGGGAGCGGUGGCGGCGGUGGUGGUGGUGGUAUCACGGGGAGGGGACGGGCGGUCGUGCCGCGGCACGGUGCCAUCUCAGCGACCCGAAUUCGACCCCGGCCGCGGCCCGCUACAGCGGCGGCGAACGUUUGAACCGGGUGUUGGGGCCUCCCGUAGGUUGACUCAGCCUCAAAUGAGCUCCCGGUGCGGUGUGCAAACGUCGCCACUUGGGGAGGCAAAGGCGGCCGGGCGUUGUGCUGGCCACCCACCCCCAUCGAGUGCCAUGC